AUGUCUAAAAACGCCUUCUUCGCCAUCAUUGCCGGCGUCGGCCCCGGCAUAGGUAACCCCCUCCUUAAUCAACUCACACCCUCUCUCGCAUUCACUCGCACCGUCACGCAUAUCCGCCGCGCCACUGCCCUAAGAUUCUCCAAGACGUACCCCGUCGUCCUGCUCUCCCGCAACCCGGACAACUACACCAGCAUCGUCCAGGAGAUCGAGAGCGCCGGCGGACGCGCAUUCGGCAUCACCGCCGACGCGACAGAUGAGAGCUCGCUCACGUCCGCCUUGGAAACAGUGAAGCAGAAGCUCCCCGGCGCCACCGCCGCCGCCGCCAUCUACAAUAUUGGCGCCGGGUUCGCGAGAAAGCCCUUCCUUGACCUCAAGGCGGAGGAACUCGACAAAUCUUUCCACUCAGGCCCCCGCGGUCUCUUCCUCUUCGCCCAAAAGCUCCUCCCCUCUCUCCUCGAAUCCGUCCCCACCUCCCCCACCCCCAGCCUCCUCAUCACCGGCGCCACCGCCUCCGUCAAGGGAUCCGCCAAUUUCGCCGUCUUCGCCGCCGGCUCCUUCGCCUCCCGCGCCCUGGGCCAGUCCCUCGCCCGGGAGUUUGGCCCCGCGGCGUCCACAUCGCCCUCGUCGUCGGCUUUCACGCAAGAACUAGAUAUCCGGCCCUUUGUCGAAAAGUUUUGA